ACACAUAUGCCGUGUGUUUUUGGCAAGUAUGAGAAUCAUAGGUAGUUAAGAUAGUUACGAUUAAGGUAAGUGAGAAUCGUAAGGGAUCAUAUUCAAAACCAACAAGCCACUCCCACAAAAAACGACACGCAGGGACGUAACGUCAUUGACGUAUUGCACUUUGUGUUCGUUGGUUGAACUCUUUGCGAGGCGCGAGUUUUGAAUGUGUAAAUAAUGUUACACACAGCAUCUCAUCCUGAAACUGUAUUACACAGGCAGCACAAUUUCAACGUAUAUCGAUGCUGUUUAUCUGUGCUUGUGCUGUUAAUAAACACAGCCUCACCACACUUGAUAGUUACUGGUUUUGAAGGAGAAUCCGUCAUCUUGGAGUGCGCUCACAAAAAUUUCAAAUUUGCAGAACAACAACUUGAGGUUCACUGGAGGCACAACGACAUCCACAAUGUUUAUGAUAUUAUGCACGGCAAGAUUUCUGUGAAGGAACAGCACUCAGUGUAUAAAGACAGAGUGUCUGUUGUACUUGAGAAGUGCAAAACCGGCAAUUUCUCUCUCAAACUGGAAAAUCUUCAACGAUCUGAUGAAGGAAUCUACCUCUGUUUUGUCCCGACUGUCGAUGUUUUUCAGAAUGUAGAACUGGUUGUCAAAGCAAAAUCACUCCAACAACACAGAACUGAUCGGUUGAGAAGUCAAAGUACAGACACAAGACUGGGACUGAUUCUCCAUCUAAUCCCUUUAUUUGGAUGUAUUAUGCACAUUUUUUAAAUGUGCUGUUUUUCUAUACAUUUAAGGACUCAUCAAAGAAACAAUGCACUUAUGUUUAAAGUUAAUGAAGUCUAUUUGUUUUAAAUAUUUGUAUCUAUUAUUUGUAUUUUUUAUAUCUAAAUUGUUUCAAAUAAAAAUAACAUUUAAUAUCAA